AUGAAUCAUUGGUAUAGCAGAGUUUUAGAACCGCUUUUGCGCGGGCCGAAUGAAAACUUGAUAGAGUUUUCUCGCACCAAGGGCGUAUUGAAGAGGUACGUGAAAUGUAUAUCUUGUCAACAAGAUAUGGAAACUAGACCAUACUCUAGAAAUAGAGAUGGAGUGGCAUUUAGGUGUAUUAACUACAGUAAAUACAUUUCUAUUCGCAUUGAAUCGCUAUUAUCAAGUUUCAAUGUACCUCUGAGUAGCAUACUACAGAUAUGUUAUAAAUGGUUUAACAACCAAACUCAAGUACAGAUAGGGUCAGAGGUGAACGUGGGAAGAAAGAUAAUUAUGAAAAUAAUUGAUCUUCUACGAAGUCAGUGUUUAAAAUAUGCCAUUGAAAACCUGCUUCGCCUCGGAGGCGACAGUAUGGUUGUUCAAAUAGAUGAAAGUCUAUUUCGACAUAAACAAAAAUACCAAUGUGGCAGACAGCCAGAAAGAGAGAUAUGGGUAUUUGGUUUGGCAGAUGUGUCAUUCACCCAGCUAAAAUCUCAUUUCAUGUUGUUCUCAAAAGGGCAGCUUUCACGCUUUUACCAAUAA